ACUCGUGACGGGCGUGUCAGAGUGUGACGUCGACAUACUAAGCACGUUGGGCGGGCGACGGCAAAGUGUUAUCCCCAAAAAAUUAAAUAUUGAGUUGGGAGACAAGUUUGAGGAAUUUUUGGAGUCAAAGUGUAACGUCGACAAAUUCAAGGUGAGACAGGGACAAAGUGUGACAACGUCAAAGUGAUGGGGGGACGGGCCAAGAGCUAUCAUGACUUGAGCGACCUGACAAGAGUGUACAGUGCCGUGUCGUUGUUAGCUCUGCUCUGCUACAUGAACGGGCUGGAGGGUGAUUUUGUGCACGAUGAUAUCCCGGCGCUCACCACCAAUCCUGACGUUUUGGGAGGCAACGCUCUGCCAACGAUGUUCGUCAACGACUUCUGGGGCACGCCUAUGGCCGAUGUCAACAGUCACAAGAGCUAUCGGCCGUUGACCACGUUGACGUUUAGACUGAGCUACUGGCUGGCAGGCCUGGCACCCACGUGGUUCCACGCUGGCAACCUGGCCCUACAUGCCGCCUGCUGUCUGCUCUUCACCAGGGCUGUGCUCACUGUGGCAGGGCUCAGGACACCCUUCGCUGCCCUUGGAGGGUUGCUAUUUGCUUCACAUCCUGUACACACUGAAGCGGUUACGGGAAUUGUGGGCAGAGCAGAUGUAUUGGCCUGCUUCUUCUUCUUGCUCUCCUUCUUGGCUUAUCACGAUGAUGGCUGGUGGGGGACAGAGAGGCGAAUAUUGUUCAGUUCCAUAAUGGCAGCUCUCUCUAUCUUGGCCAAAGAAACGGGCGUCACUGUACUUCUGGUCAAUCUAGCUUUUGAUCUCUACAAAUCAUGGCCUCCUGUAAAAAGAUCUUUGCUGGAUAUGCAGUGGAACGAGGAAUCUCUUCAGUUUGCUCGCAGGGCUGCUAAGGUGUUCAUGGUGACCAGCUUGCUGUUAGUGUUUCGACUGGCGAUGCUGCAAGGAGGACUGCCAAGGUUCUCUAGCCAAGAUAAUCCUUCUGCCUUCCAUCCAUGUCCACAUGUCAGAAUGCUGACUUUCUGCUACUUGGUGGCCUUCAACUUUUGGCUACUCCUGUGCCCGGCCACCCUUAGUCACGACUGGCAGAUGGGUUCCAUACCUCUUGUCACCUCCCUGGCAGAUUACAGAAAUCUGGCCACCUGUCUAUUCUUCGCCGGCUUUCUGUGGCUGGCUUACAGGAUUAUGGCUGAUUUCGAGAGCCACAAACACGUGCCAUUAGUACUGGGAGCUAUGCUACUUUGCAUACCAUUCUUACCAGCCACAAACCUCCUUGUCACUGUAGGCUUUGUCAUAGCCGAGAGGGUUCUCUAUAUACCAAGUUUGGGAGUGGUGCUGAUAGUAGCGUACGGCGCACAGGUACUGUACGAGAAAGUGAGUGGGGGAAGCACGCGGCUGCAAUUUGUGCUGACGUGUUGGUUUGUGCUGAUGCUGGCUUCCUUCUGCACGCGCACCAUGUACAGGAACCUCGACUGGUCGUCCAGGGAGGCUCUUGUCAGAGCUGGUAUCAGAGCACUCCCACACAACGCCAAAAUGCACUACAACCUGGGAAACUAUCUGCGAGAUACGGGGAGGCCUGAACUGGCCAAAAAGCACUACUCUGAAGCUUUGAGGUUGUGGCCGUCCUACGCCAGUGCGCAUAAUAAUCUGGGGACUCUGAUGAGUGAAGGUCUGGACGCUGAGUCACACUUCCUUGCGGCCAUCACACAUUCGCCCGGCCAUGUCAAUGCUCACUAUAAUCUCGGACAAGUUUACAGGAGGAUGAACCGCAGUGAAGAGGCCGUGUUGAUGCUGGAACGGUGUCUCCGCCUGAACGCCGGCUACACUCCGGCCUACCUGCUGCUGGCCAAACUGCACAGUCACAAUGCCCCCCUCGUUGGUCGCCUGCUCAGGCAUGUCAUACAGCUGCAGCCUGCCAGUGCUGACUAUCUCGCCGAGUAUGCUACUUGGUUACUCGACAAUUACCGAAUAGCAGAAGCUAAAAAGUACUACGAGCAAGCUCUGAGGCUACAGAACAGUCAUAGAACGUCUUUCUUGGGACUGGCCAGAGCUGUCAGGUCUAAAGGACCCAAAGCGAGGUUACAUCAGUUACUACUCAGGUGGCACAUGAUAUGCUGCGGCCAGAAUCGACAGAGACUGGUUUACACAGGCGAUCUGUACCUGAGGAGUUGGGAGCACUACAAGCCAGGCCAGGUCACAUCGUUGCCCGAACAGACCAAUCGGCCAGUGGUCGCAUGCAAUACUGUGGAGAUGCCACCUCUCCUUGUGACGGGAUCCGACGACAGAAAGAUCCGUUCACUGCCAGAAAGAUCUGAAACGAACCUGAGGAGACCCGGCUGACAUGCAGUUGUCACCGGAGCCAACUGAAAUAUUUCGGUUGAAAAUUGAUUAUGAAGUUUAUAAUCAAAAAAGUUGACAGUUAUGUUUGUUAUGAAGUUUUUCGUUUCGACUAAGACUGACACAAUAAACGUAGCAAUAGGUGAGAGGGAAGAUUGAUGUAAAUAGGGGUUAGAUGGAGAGAAAAAAUAGUGGGUAUUAUGCGGAAGUAUGAUGUCAGAUGAGGGGAAUGGUGAAGAAAUUCAGGGCUAGUAUGUUGAAUGGAGAUUGAUUUUUGGGGUGAAGGAAACAGAAGAAUAAUAGCGUUGAAGAAUAUAGAAAAUUGAUAUGUUAAGUAGUUAGGGUGGGGCUAAAAAGAAGCAAUACGAGAUAAGGAAAGCAAAUGGGAUGAAUU